GAGACGAAUGAAGUAGUUUGUCUCACGAGCUCUGCCCUCAUAAUCUUUGACAUUGGGGUUCAUUGUCAGAGUAGUGUUUAAAGACUACAAGAAAGUGACUGUGAUACCCUUCUUCCUACUUCCAAAACGCUUCCGCUGUCAUCUUAAAGAAACAUCUCAUCAAACAUCAUAAUGUUUUUUUGAUUUUAUUGUAGUGGACAGGGGUGAUAAAGUUCGUAUUGUGAUAGGCUGGGGCGGAUUAGAAUGACCCUGAUUCGCUGUUGUCUCUGAACCCUUUCUUGCACGUACAAAGGCUCAGCCGUGACUGUCAUUUGUGUUCUACCAGCUGCGACACUCGGUGCUCGAUUGCUUUCGACUGUAGGGACCAUGGCCGAUACGUGGGAUAAUGUUACAAUUCCUGAGUUCAACUCCCUUCUUCAAAUGGAUCCCUACCUCAAACAGUACGAAAAGGACUUCAGGAGGAGGUAUGGGCUGUUUGAGAAGCGUCUGUUGCUCCUGGAGGAGGCAGAAGGAGGCUUUGAUCAGUUCACUAGAAGCUACAGGACCUUUGGCGUGAACCGCAUGGCUGACAACAGACUGGUGUUGAGGGAGUGGGCCCCGGCCGCGGAGGCCCUGUUCCUUACUGGAGACUUCAAUGGUUGGGACAACUUCUCUCACCCGUACAAGAAGAAAGAGUUUGGAAAAUGGGAACUGUGUCUGCCCCCCAAGCAUGACAAGUCACCAGCCAUCGAACACAACACCAAACUCAAGGUUGUGGUCCACACUAAGAAAGGAGAGCGUCUGUACCGCAUCUCACCUUGGGCCAAGUACGCCACCCAGGCCGAGAAACAAGUCAUCUAUGACUGGGUCCACUGGGACCCUCCUCAACCGUACCUACACAUCCACCCUCGCCCCAAGAAGCCCCAGAGUUUACGGAUCUACGAGUCCCACGUGGGCAUCGCCUCACCUGACCCUAAAGUCGCCUCCUACACCAACUUCACAAUCAAUGUCCUGCCUCGAAUAAAAGACUUGGGGUACAACUGUAUUCAGCUCAUGGCUGUCAUGGAGCAUGCAUACUAUGCCAGCUUUGGUUAUCAAGUCACGAGCUUCUUUGCUGCAUCCAGGUACAUAAUUAUAUUUUAUUAACAUAGUUCUGAGUUU